AAUUACUCCAAACUUUUGUAUGAGACAGACAGACAGACUCCUAGAUUUUGUAUGAGACAGACAGACAGACAGAGAGAGAUGGAGGUGAUGCAAAUUCUUCACAUGAACAAAGGAGUUGGCGAGACUAGUUAUGCUCAAAACUCCAAACUUCAGAGCAAAAUAAUUUCCAUUACAAAGCCAAUCAUUCAUGACGCCGUACAAGAAAUCUUGCGCUCAAAUAAUAUAGAGAGCAUGGGGAUAGCAGAUUUGGGCUGCUCAUCUGGACCCAACACCUUAUUGCUCAUCUCCGAGAUCAUAGAUGUUAUCAUACGCACCAAAAGCUGCAGCAUUGGCCUCCACCUGUCAGCAACAACAGAGCUCAGAGUGUUCCUCAAUGACCUCUUCAGCAAUGACUUCAACACCAUUUUUAUGUCACUUCCUGCAUUCUACAACAAACUCAAACAAGAGAAGGGUCCUGAGCUUGGAUCUUUAUUCAUUUCUGCCACGCCUGGUUCGUUUUAUGGGCGGUUGUUUCCGGCCAGGAGUUUACAUUUUGUGCACUCUUCUUCUAGCCUUCACUGGCUGUCUCAGGUCCCUCCUGGCCUCGACAGCAAGGCAGCUGGCGAAGCUUUGAACAAAGGAAAGAUCUACAUAUCCAAGACCAGCCCACAAUGCGUUUUGGACGCAUAUGCGCUUCAGUUUCAUAAAGAUUUUUCAUUGUUUCUCAAGUCCCGCGCUGAAGAAAUGUUUGGUGGAGGACGAAUGGUGUUGUCGCUCAUGGGCAGGCCAUCCUAUGACCCCACAACUCCAGCCAGUUGCUACCAGUGGGAGCUUUUAGCCCACGCAUUGAUGACCUUGGUUUCAGAGGGUCUUAUUGCAGAGGAAAAGGUUGAUUCCUUCGACGCUCCCUACUAUGCCCCAUGUGAAGAGGAAUUGAGCUUGGCGCUUAAAAAAGAAGGGUCAUUCUUAAUGGACAGCCUGGAGGCGUUUGAAAUUGAUUGGGAUGGCGGCGAUGGGGAUCAAGAAUUGCAUCACACAUUUGACAUGGUAGGUAGUGGCCAAAAAGUGGCAAAGACAAUAAGAGCCGUGGUUGAGUCAAUGCUCGAAUCUCAUUUUGGAAAAGAUAUAAUGGAUCAUCUGUUUCAAUGCUACGCAGAGCUCGUCAGUAAUCACUUAUCAAAAUCUAGAACUAAAUACAUCAAUUUGGUCCUUGUGAUCGUUAAAAAGGAUUGAUUCCAAAAAACAAAAAAAGAUUGAAUAAUUUCCUUUAUGUUUCCCCAUCUUUUUUUUCAGGUUGGUUGAAUUAUUUUGGAUAACUAUAUAUGUUUGUAACCAGUGCUUCUAGUUGUAUUUAUUUGACAAAUUAUAUAAAUAAUGUAUUGACAAUGAGUGAUAUUAGAGAUGUUUAUGUUUGUAACAGUAAUUCAUUUGUUUUCUACGAAUUUUGUUAAUUCAAAGCAAAUAGGAAAUUUCCAUUA